AUGCUAUACAUUACGAUACUAUACUAUAUCAUACGACAUGUAGUAUACUACACUGGAUUAAUCUUGUGUUGUUCUAUAUUCCGUUUGCCUCGUCGUCUCGGGGAGGAGACGGCUGCUGCGGAGCCUGAUGCGCUCGUCAACGAGCUGCACCUUCCCACAGUGCAAGAGGAGCUCGCGAAGAAGUUUCAUCCUGCCGUAUGCGUGGGCCAAGCCCUCCAAGCUGCCAUCACUCUCACUGGUCUCAGCAUCAAGGUAGGUGCUGCGAUGCGAGAAUGCAAUGCUUGGUUUUACAGUCCGCGCUACGCCUACCGGGUGAACCCGAUCACCGGCAAGAGCGAACAGGUCGUCGAAGGCAAGCCGGUGAUUACGAACGCCCGCCGCCUGAAGGACAGAAGGCAUCCACUACUGAGGAUCGAGGAGUCUCUCAGGAAGCCGCUGGCAAAGCUGCCUACGAUGCCAGGUCUUGAGCGCAUGCGAUCCAACCUCUGGAACACAUCGUUGUCGAAGGCAUGGGACGCCCAUGGAGACGAGCUCGACGAGUUGAAGCGCUUGGGUGAAACUGCCUACAACGUCACGGAGUGGGACCUAUCGUUGGCCAACAUGAGCUUCAGCUUGGGUGGUGAGUGGACCCUCGAAGGCUGGCAUUACCUCUUAGGCCACGGGGGCGUGAUCUGGGACACCCGUGAAAGCCUUGGAAACUCGACGAGAUCUGGAGUCGCAGUCAUCCUCUCUAACAACGGGUCCUUGGCCUUGAUGAUCCUUCCACGAGGAGGUGCGCCGGUUCUGCGCUCCUGUUCGAAGUUUGUGCCGCUGAGGCAGUGGGUGCAUGUUGCGUGCCAGCGUCGGGGGUCCUCGCUCGACUUUUUCUUGAAUGGCACCAAAGUCUGCAACAUGCCCGCUCCUGCCGAGUUGGAAAGUUUAGAGCCGCAGACCACUGUGAAGAUUGGUCGUGCAGCAACAAACGAAGCAGACUCCAGUCUCGCUUCCCUGGUAUCCAACAUGCGACUCACCGGCGCGGCGCUUUACAAAUCGCCGGCAAGUAUUCCAGAGCGCCAUUUGCAUCUGCACCCAAAGACGCACUUCCUGCUGCAUGGAGGCGUGGUGUUUGCUGGAAGCCACGCAUAA